AUCAAAGCACUUUCCUAGCUCCGAGUUAAUAGCUCCAUAGCUUUUGCUAAACGUAGGCGUGACGACAUCUCACAUUAGCACAACAGACAAGAAUUUGGAGGCGGUUCAAGAAUGGUCACCACGCAGCAACACGCAGCAACAGGGCCCCCAAAGCCGCAGCGGUGCCAUUCCCUGAGUUCUGGUGCGGGGACAUGAGGGGACAGCCCGCUGCCAUUCCCUGAGUUCUGGUGCGGGGACAUGAGGGGACAGCCCGCUGCCAUUCCCUGAGUUCUGGUGCGGGGACAGGAGGGGACAGCCCGCUGCCACUCCCUGAGUUCUGGUGCGGGGACAUGAGGGGACAGCCCGCUGCCAUUCCCUGAGUUCUGGUGCGGGGACAUGAGGGGACAGCCCGCUGCCAUUCCCUCAGUUCUGGUGCGGGGACAGGAGGGGACAGCCCGCUGCCAUUCCCUGAGUUCUGGUGUGGGGACAGGAGAGGACAGCGCGCUGCCAUUCCCCGAGUUCUGGUGCGGGGACAGGAGGGGACAGCCCGCUGCCAUUCCCUGAGUUCUGGUGCGGGGACAGGAGGGGACAGCCCGCUGCCAUUCCCCGAGUUCUGGUGCGGAGACAGGAGGGGACAGCGCGCUGCCAUUCCCUCAGUUCUGGUGCGGGGACAGGAGGGGACAGCCCGUUGCCACUCCCUGAGUUUGGGUACCGGGGCAGACACGGGGCGGGGGUGGGGGAGUUCGGGCGAAAUAAAGCUAAACACGGGCUCGGCGGGACUUUCCCUCAGGCACUUUCCCUCAGCGGGAGGGCGCGCAGCUGCGUGAGGGGAGCCGUUCCGCCAUGACAGUUCGGGGGUCGCCGCGGCGGGGGAGGAGUGGCGGCCGUUCCGCCCUGACAGUCGGGGGGAGGCUGAAGGGAGGUGUGUGUGUCUGUGUGAGGGAGGGAGGAAGAAAUUUCUGCUGCCCUGCGACCAAAUAAGGGCAAAUUCCCCAGUGCCGGGCCGAGCGCUCAGGAAUUACAAACAGCACACGGCGUGAGCGGCCGCGAACCCGAAACCCCCCCACACCCCGCGGGUCCGAGCGGGCGGAGCGCGAGGGCGGCCCGUAGCCCCGCCCCACCGGUCCGUCCCCGCUCGCCAUUGGACAGGGCUGCUGUCAAUCCCCGACAUAACGUCAUGUCAGCUGGAACUUUCUAGCUGAGGCUCGCGCCGGGGGCGGGGCGAGCGGACAGCACGAGCGCGGAUUGGCUGAGCCUGAUGGCGCACGAGAAAAACCCGGAAGAAUCGCGGCCUCCGCGGGGCGGGCUGGCGGGUAGGCACUCGCGCUUCUGAUUGGCCAGAGCGUUGGGGGCGGGCACGCUCCGGCGGCUCGCGGGGGCGAUUGGCCGAACGACUGUUCGAGGGGCGCCCGGAUUGGCCGUCAGGGUUCUGGCAGGUUCCAGAAGCGGCCGCGGCGGGUAUAAAACGGGUGGCGGAGGCGCGAGCCGGGCAUAUCGCGCCGCGGAGGCAGCGGGAGCGGGUGGGGCGGACGCGGGCCAACAGCACCACAGACAGCCGACACCAUGUCUGCUAAAGGGCCGGCCAUCGGCAUCGACCUGGGCACCACAUACUCCUGCGUGGGUGUCUUCCAGCACGGCAAGGUAGAGAUCAUCGCCAACGACCAGGGUAACCGCACCACACCCAGCUAUGUGGCCUUCACCGACACAGAGCGGCUCAUCGGGGAUGCCGCCAAGAACCAGGUAGCAAUGAACCCCACCAACACCAUCUUUGACGCCAAGCGCCUCAUCGGCCGCAAGUAUGAUGACCCCACGGUGCAGUCAGACAUGAAGCACUGGCCUUUCCGUGUGGUGAAUGAGAGUGGCAAGCCCAAGGUGCAGGUGGAGUACAAGGGGGAGAUGAAGACCUUCUUCCCAGAGGAGAUCAGCUCCAUGGUGCUCACCAAGAUGAAGGAGAUUGCCGAGGCCUAUCUAGGGUGCAAGGUGCAGAACGCUGUCAUCACGGUGCCAGCAUACUUCAAUGACUCCCAGCGCCAGGCCACCAAGGAUGCCGGCACCAUCACCGGCCUCAAUGUCAUGCGUAUCAUCAACGAGCCCACUGCUGCCGCUAUCGCUUACGGCCUGGACAAGAAGGGAACCCGGGCUGGAGAGAAGAACGUGCUCAUCUUUGACCUGGGAGGGGGUACUUUCGAUGUCUCCAUCCUUACCAUCGAGGAUGGGAUUUUUGAGGUAAAGUCCACGGCUGGUGACACCCAUUUGGGUGGGGAGGACUUUGACAACCGCAUGGUGAACCACUUUGUGGAAGAAUUCAAGCGCAAGCACAAGCGUGACAUCGGUGGCAACAAGCGAGCGGUGAGGCGGCUGCGCACGGCUUGUGAGAGGGCGAAGCGCACCCUCAGCUCCUCCACGCAGGCCAGCAUUGAGAUUGACUCUCUUUUUGAGGGUAUUGACUUCUACACCUCCAUUACCCGUGCCCGCUUUGAGGAGCUCAAUGCUGACCUUUUCCGUGGCACCCUGGAGCCAGUGGAGAAAGCUCUGCGUGAUGCCAAGCUUGACAAGGGCCAGAUCCAGGAGAUCGUGCUGGUGGGGGGCUCUACCCGCAUCCCCAAGAUCCAGAAGUUGCUACAGGAUUUCUUCAAUGGCAAAGAGCUUAACAAGAGCAUCAACCCCGAUGAGGCUGUGGCUUAUGGUGCUGCCGUACAAGCUGCUAUCCUCAUGGGAGACAAGUCUGAGAACGUGCAGGAUCUGCUGCUGUUGGAUGUCACCCCUCUGUCCCUCGGCAUCGAGACAGCUGGAGGAGUGAUGACUGCUCUCAUCAAGCGCAACACCACCAUCCCCACCAAACAAACUCAGACCUUCACCACCUACUCAGACAACCAGAGCAGUGUCCUGGUCCAGGUGUACGAGGGUGAGAGAGCUAUGACAAGGGAUAACAACUUGCUGGGCAAGUUUGACCUAACAGGCAUCCCCCCAGCACCCAGGGGAGUCCCCCAGAUCGAGGUCACUUUUGACAUCGAUGCCAAUGGUAUCCUGAAUGUCAGCGCCGUGGACAAGAGCACGGGUAAGGAGAACAAGAUCACCAUCACCAAUGACAAGGGUCGCCUCAGCAAGGACGACAUCGACCGUAUGGUGCAAGAAGCAGAGAAGUACAAAGCAGAGGAUGAAGCUAACCGGGAUCGGGUGGCAGCCAAGAACUCCCUCGAGUCCUAUACUUACAACAUGAAGCAGACAGUGGAGGAUGAUAAACUGAAGGGAAAGAUCAGUGAUCAGGACAAGCAGAAAGUGCUCGACAAGUGCAAGGAGGUGGUGUCUUGGCUCGACCGCAACCAGAUGGCUGAGAAGGACGAGUACGAGCACAAGCAGAAAGAGCUGGAGAAACUCUGCAAUCCGAUCGUCACAAAAUUGUACCGGGGAGAUGGAGGGGCUGGGGCGGGCGGCUCCGGCGGCCCCACCAUCGAAGAAGUAGAUUAAAGAGAACUGAAAUACAGACUGGUUUAUGGACAGUCACUCCAUUGUCUUUGUUUUUUUUUUUUCUAACGUUUAAAGAAAACGUCCUUGCCGAUAACAGAGUUUAUUCUGUUGGGUGUGUAUAAAGGCAGAUCUGUCAGCUUGGUUUUGAUAAGAGGGAAGGCACGUCCUGCUUUAUAAGGUUAGUAAUAGACAAAUGUUGUUAAUUCAGAUACAGCUGUUUGUAUUCUGGAUGUUUGUCUCUGUCUCUUCUAAAGUUACCACUUGACUGUUGCAGUUGACAAGUUUCAAGUUAUGCAUGAAAACCUUUACAGAAAAUGAAAAAAAAAUUUGCCAAAUUUGGCUUCUGGAAAUUUUGGUUAUAAAUAAAAUGUAUUAAAAGCAUAAA